AUGAGGUUCUAUGCACUGACCUGGGCAACGUGGGCACUGCUCCUUGCCAGCAUCAGAGCAAUGCAGAUGGAGAAGAAGAUCCAGGAGAGCCUGCUGAGGCAGCUGCACCUCAACAAGAUCCCUGUCCUGGAAAAGGCAGAUGUGGAGCACCUGGUCAUCCCGGAUCAUGUGAGGACCAAAUAUGUGUCCCUGAUGAAGCGCAGCUCUGAGGAACCUUCGCCCCGGGGAAAGAGGCACAGCCAGACAAUUGCAGAAAUCAUGGGCAGAUUCUUCUCUGACGCCUCCAACCAGCGGCUGGUCUUCAGCAUGAAGGACCGGCUUCCUCCUGCCAGUGAGCUGGUCCAGGCGGUGCUGAGGCUCUUCCAGAAGCCAUCCCUGAAGGGAGCAAUCAGGAGACAGUCUAAGAAGUUCCCCUUCCACUCCUAUGCCAGUGUGACCAUCUACUGGGUGCAGGUCAGAGAGGAUGGCACCAACCGGACAUAUGUGAUUGAUUCCAGACGGGUAUCUAUUCAUGAAACCGGCUGGAUAACCUUUGAUGUGAGCCAAGCUGUGAAUUACUGGCAGCAGGAGGGCAAAGUGAACCAGCCCCUGGUCCUGGAGGUCUCUAUCCACAGGGAGAACAUAGGCCCAAUGUCUUCCGAUGCACACAAAUUCAUCCACUUCUCCUCCCAGAAUCCUGCUGAUGGAGAGUUGCAUGCUCCCCAGCUGCAGCUGCACACACUGGACAUGGAGGAAUAUGGUGCCCAGGGCAAUUGCGACCCUGACAUCCCAUCGACGCAGGCUACCCGAUGCUGCCGGCGUGAGACAUACAUUAACCUUCAGGACUUCAAGUGGACUGAGAACUGGAUCUUGGACCCACCUGGCUUCAAAGCCUACGACUGUGUAGGGAGCUGCCAGCAACUGAAGAAGGAGCACCUGAACUUCUGGUCUUUCUCUGCACAAAGGAAAUGCCACGUCACAAGCACCGCCCCUCUGCCUCUGAUUGUUGCUGUUAGGGAAGGAGACAAGAUCGUGACCAAGGUGGUCAAUCUUUACAACAUGAAGGUGACACAGUGUAGCUGUUCCUCAGAAGGAAUGCCCAUCAUGAAGAAACUGAAGCCAUAG